AUGGAUCUGCGCUUGUCUGCCGAUGAGUGCGAAGAUGCGGCCGCCGGCUUCAGCACCUUCCGUGCCCCUCUUCCUGAGCACGCAACGGAUGUGACGGCGCUUAUGUCCGAUUUCUAUGCCCUCAGCUCAACUCUAGGCAGUUUGGCCGACCUGAUCAAGGAUACUCACUAUCAUCGCAAUUGGCCUCUUGUCCAGGGCGAUCUGGAAUUGGUGCGCUUGAGCCUGAAAUACACUAUUGAGGAUAUCCUCGAUUUCUUUGGCCGUCUCGACGGCGGUAAAGCCACCCAGGCGGGCUACAAGCGGGUUUGGCUGGAUUUGACCCGUUUCUUCUGGGAUGAGUCGCAGUAUACACUGGGUACUCGCUUGGCGCAGUAUAAGACGUUCCUGCGGGAGAUAGGUGACUUGAUGAAAGGCCGUGGCCACGAUCUACCACUUAUCGCGGGGUAUCGAGUUUCUAUGAAGACCCUCAUGGCUUCACAAGAACAACGUGUUGCAGCGCGCUUUGCGCGCAUGUCCUUGGGUCGCAAGCCGCCUUCGAGCGAUAGUACUGACCCUCCAAGCCCGGUCAGUGAUCGCCGGCCACGCCGUCGUUCCUUUGAGCGUCCUCGCCCACCGCAUUUAUCCCCUCAGUCACCUCUCUCGCCUCAAUCGCCAGCUUUCAACCCAUUUUUCGAUAUACCUCCAUCCGCACCGGAGGCACCACCCACGCCAGAUGCGCCGAGUUCGAUAUUGACGGGAUCUACGUCUGCCACCACGGCUACUAGCCAAUCUACCCAUUCUGAUGCCGUUCAAUACCAUUGGAUUAGAGAGGCAUUCUCCAAUUAUGGAUCCGGAACCCCAAUCCCGGAUACAUCAGACAAGGCAGGGUGUUUCGGUGAGCCGCAGUCUGGAGUCAAGGCGGUACUCAAAGAGCAGGGUUUCGAGCAACUUCUUCAACUCGCUUUCAACGACUCUUCCAAUAUGACUAUAUACUUCUUCCUGCGAGAAACAGAUCACCGCGUGCGAAUUGUCAUUAAAGUUCCCCACCGAAGCAAACCCAGCGAGUACUUUUGCUUGCCUCUCAACAUGCUAGAAAUUCUUCGACAGGGUUCCUGUCUUCAACUGUGUCGGAGGCGACGUGGCGGAAGCGAGCUUAUAUUGUGGGCUACUCUCAAGUUCACGACCAUUGAAAGCAUGGUUGUAUUCUUCACCACAUUCUUAGCUCUCCGUUCCCAAGACUCGGGCCGACCUGUUGACCAUAUCCGGGACUAUGAAAUGGAAGACGAAGAAGAGCUUUACGGCGGCCAAAUUAUUGAUGAUACCUAUCGACAUGCUCUGCGUAUCUACCAGGAUACCGUGUCUGGAGCCAUAAGGCUACAAGCAUCUGUCCACCUGAGUGAAAUGGAUCGAACUCCCGUCUGGACCGCAUUCGUCACUCCGCACCUCGGCCGACGCGGAUGGCUUCGCCGUUUGGACCACCGCACGGUCUUGGUGCGCGAGUUGAGACCUAUCAUUCUGAUGUCGGCCGAAGAUUAUAAUCCUCCGGUGACCUCUCGGGAAGAGCAUGUUUUGAAGUUUGCGUCGAGCGGCGAUGCCGACGCGUUCCUGGGCGCAAUGGAGGACGCAGCAUUGUCGCUCCUUACUUAG